AUGUCGAAGUACUUUCAGCCCCGGAAUGCCGCCGUCAGUGAGCAACAAGAGGGGACGAACGACCGGGGGCCGGAAAAUGCUCCCCCGCGUGAUCAACCGGCCCGAUUUGGGGAGGUUUCCUUGGGACUCCCGGGGUCGGUUCGUACAUUCAGAGUGGGCACGGAGCUGCGGGGUGUGCGUGCUAGUUCCCGUGUGGAAGGUGCUGCCGCGGGACAUGGCGAGGGUGUUGCGGCGGGCGAGGAGGAGGAGGAGGGUGAUGGGGAGGGGGAGGGGGAUGAGGAGGAUGAGGAGGAGGAUGAGGAGGAGGAGGAGGAGCACGUGCAAUACCGUGUGGUAGGGGAGAGUGGGGAUGAGGAGGAUGGCUCGGGCAGUGGCGAAGAUAGUGAGCGCGCGUACUCUCCCACAGAUGAGGGGGGUGAUGCGGCCGAUGACGAGGACCACGAAAUGGAUGACCUGGUGGCGGAGGAUGGUGGGGAGGAGGACGAGGAAGAGGGCGACGAUGAGGAGGGGGGCGUGCCUAAUGGGGGGAUCGAUUGGCCGUACUGCACGCAGUGGCCAAACAUCCCUGGACGUCAGGGCGGCAUUCGUGGAAGGGGGGGGAUGGAGCGCUUUGUGGGCCGCUGGUUCGGCGUGCGCUCCUUGCGGGAGGCACUCACCAAGCUGGUGGUGACGGGCAACGUGCCCUUCCGCUUUGUGGAGCUGGAAGCGUUCCGCGAGUUGAUGCUGCUGCUGAACCCGAACGUCGCGAACGUUCAAGUCCUUCCAUCUAGGUGGACGGUUGCUCGCGAUGUAGUUGUAUUUGCGGAGCGCGCACGGGAGGAAGCGAUGGCUGAUUUGGCACCACAGCCUGGAGAGCGCCCCACAGGAGUCGCAAUAUCCAGUGAUAUCUGGACCGGGGGGAACGGGAAGGCCUACUCGGUGGUAAAGGGUCACUUUGUGACACGAGACUGGAAGCUGCGGGAGGUGACGCUGGACUUCCGUGAAAUGAGAGGGCGACACGGUGGAGAGCAGAUUGCGGAGUUGGUGCUGCGGGUGGUGCGUGAUUGGGACUUGGUGGACCGUUGUGUCGCCUUCGUGAGCGACAACGCGUCUAGCAACACCCGCGCGUUCCACCUCCUCUCGGGUGGUAGUUCUCGCCCUGCCAUUUUCCGCCCAGGCAUGCACGUCAGGUGCACCUCGCACGUGCUGAACUUGGUGAUCCAGACAGCACAGAAGGUGCCCCUUGUGCGCAAGACCCUGCGGCUGGUGCGAGACGUUGCGGUGUUCGUUGGGUACUCCCCCAUCCGCACGGCGAACUUCCAGGCGGAGCAGGUGCGGGCGUACCCGGGUAGAGCGCCCUUGAAGCUGGUCCAGGACAGCCCUACACGAUGGGGAUCGACGUAUGAGAUGGCGGUCCGCUUCCUCGAGCUGCGCAGGGCGAUCCACGUCCACUUCUACGAUGACCAGCUCCGCUUGACAGAUGACCACUGGGAGGCGCUUGUGGCGUUGAAGGUGUUUCUUGCACCCUUCAACGCCGUCAGCAAGGCAGCAGAGGGGUCGCUCUAUCCGACCAUCUCCAUGGUCAUUCCGAGCUACAACGACCUGCUGGACAGUUUGGAGGAGAAGCGCCAUGGCACGCCGUCCCCGCUGAUCAGGGCGAUGAUUGUCGCCGCGCUGGGGCACCUGAAGAAGCACGUGUAUGCCAGCAGCGACGACCUGCUCAUCGCCACGUUCCUUGAUCCAGCGAUGCGAGAUGGGUACUUCGCUCUAGGCACGUUCGAGACAAGGCACCCAGAGUUGGUUCAGGAUGGGAGGGAGAGGCGAGCAACGGGCCCAGUGACGGUGGAGCGGAUCCUAGACCUAGUGCGCACACGUGUGACGGAUUACCAGGCGCGGGCAGCAGCGACAGCGCCUGCGCCUCCACCUGCAGCAGCAGCGCCAGCUCCAGUAGCUGACAUUGAGGGGGAUAAGGCUAUUGGCAGUAGGCGCCGCUUGAUUGCGCGCGUAUCUGCUUCGCGGGCUGCAGGAGGGGCUAGGCAGUUGGGCGACGAGGUGGACAGAUAUGUCGGGCACGAAGAGACUGGUGACCUAUCCCCCCUCGAGUUCUGGCGCACAGUGAAGAACCUCGACACGCUGCGAGCCAUGGCCAGGGAUUAUCUGGCGAUUCCCGCCACCUCGGCGUCGUGCGAGCGAGCUUUUUCACAGAGCAGGAACUUGAUCACAUUCCAGCACACACGCCUGAACACCGAGCGUGUGCGGUCGUGCAUGACUCUGCGGUCUUGGUACGACACGCACCCUGGUGGUCGUAUCGGUGAUGGGGCAGAUUCUGCCCGUGCUGCAGCUGUAGUGGACUUGGGGCUCGAGGGAGAGGAGGACUGCGAGGAGGAGGAGGAGGAGGAGGAGGAGGAGGAGGAGGAGGAGGAGGAGGAGGAGGAAGAGGAGGAGGAGGAGGAGGAGGAGCAGGGGGGGAGGCGACAUGUGCUGCGGGUGUGGGAGAGGGCCAGGGCUAGGGUGUUAUGGGUUCGUGUGGAUGGGUGUUGCUAA